AUGAUCUAGGCCAUCUUAUUGUUUCUAGAAUUAGAGACAAUUGUAAAGCAGUAAAAUAAUAUUUGUAUAGUCAAUAUUUACCCCCAUAAUACACAUUUAAAAAGGCAUUUGUUGUUAUGGCUGAUUCCAAUGCGAGAUAAGUUGCGCUGGUUGAUAUUUCAAGGGGCAGGUUAAUUAGAUCACGGUAGGGAGGUCAUCAUUUUUCCAGGAUUUAUGGUUAUCAUUAGAAGGAUUCAUAUUUUCUCUCUUAUGUGGUUUUAAAUAGGAGCAAAGAAACCAAAGAUAAUUUGGGUUCUAUAGGGAGUGAUAGUGAUAGUGAUAGCGAAAUAAGGAAAUAAUGGUUGAUUUUUGAUGUUAUUAGAGGAACUGAAAUUGAAAUAAAAGGAGAUGUGUCUUCCGAUGAUCCCUCGGAUAUAUUUACAAAAAAUAUUCUGAUGAGAUCAUAAGGAAAUAAAUUAAUUUAUAAAUUAAAACUUUGA